AUGUCGGUCGAUCAGGGCCAGUCAAACGCAUUUGCCAGCGCAUAUCCUUUGACAUAUCCUUCUGUGCUGAAGGUCAGGCGAUAUCUCAAUCAGGCUACCCAGAAGAAUGUCGAAAUUAUGCGCUAUCAGAGCCCCGUCAACGCAGUGAGCAUGAAUCCUUCGUAUGACCUGGGCCCAAAGACUGGACCAGUGUAUCUUGUUUCCAAGACGAUAAGAUUGCGGUAUACGUCCAACAGGAAGCGCAGAUUCAGAUACACUAUGAGCGAUCGUGGCAGUCACCCUCCUUUGAGCAGGUACGAUACUCGCGCAACCCAGAUCCCUUCUCCAUGGGUCUUUGAGAAGUGCCAGCAUCCAGGAGUUGAUCGACACUUUGGUGGCAUCCACUUUCUCAGUUUCUUUAUUGAUAAUCAAUCCAAGAACGACCAUUCUCAGAAUGAUGAAACCGCCGUUGGACACGUGGCAAUCACAUGGGGCAUGCAUCGUCAGGUAAAUGCAGACGGGGGAGGCUACACACCUUGGAGCCCGUGGUGCCGGGCUUUCAACAUGCUCGCCUUCAUCGAGUAUGCUGGCACUUCAGCAGUGGACGUUGGGUCACUUGAGAUGUAUCAUGGAAGUCACGAUCUCCACCCACCCGAAAUACAAGUUCGACUGGAGGGCCAGCGGCGCCGGUUGUGUUUGACGAGCUGGCAGAACCUGUGUAUCCCACAGAACCCUGAAGACAAGGCUCUAUUCCCGAGUUCCUGUGAAGAUGGUUGGGCGGAAGAUCAAAUGCAUAACAUUGCGAACGACCCGGUGAUGAAUACUCAUCUGGCAAUUAGGAUAGUGAUGAUUGAGGGGCUAGGUCGAACGUUGUACGAGGUUCAGUUCGACAUCGACCAGACGCCAAAAGCACUACAAUCGUUUGAUGAGCAGUGA